AUGAAAGUUCUCAGCUGGAUUUCCUACGCCCUCUUUGCCGCUGUUGCGGUUGUCGCUGAAGAGAAGGUCCCGCCCACGGAGCUCCAGAUUGAGACCACUUUCUUACCGGAGGAUUGCCCGAACAAGGCUCAGAAGGGGGAUCAUGUUGAGGUUCACUAUACUGGAACUCUGUUCUCGAACGGAAACAAGUUCGACUCAAGUCUUGACCGUGGCCAACCCCUUCCUUUGACGCUCGGUGUCGGUCAAGUCAUCCAAGGAUGGGACCAGGGUCUGCAGGGAAUGUGCUUGAACGAGAAGCGGACGUUGACCAUUCCUUCCAACAUGGCUUACGGCUCUCGCGGUGCCGGUGGUGUCAUUCCACCCAACGCCGCUCUCGUCUUCACCGUCGAGUUGGUCGGCCUCACACCCACUGCCCGCGACCGUGAAGAGCUGUAG